AGCCAUGCCCCACCUUCCAGUCAACCAGGGAUAAGUUACCUGACCUACCUCAACCUACUUAUAUAAAUGCUUAUCCAUAAAACUCAUAGCAACAUCUGAUCAACUCAGACUAGUGCUACAAGACUACUUUGCCCAGCUAGUGGUCAAAUGCCAUCUAGAUAUACACAUACUUGUUCUUCUGUCUUCGCUUCGAGCCACAAUGAGAAUCCGAAUACGCGGUCCGACUGGACAGUCGACCGUUUCUCUAGAUGACGAAGCAAAUGUCGAUGUACUCCGCAGACAAAUCACAGAGUCAACCGGACUAUCAGACUACGACGUGAAAUAUGGGUAUCCACAAAUCAAGCCUCUUUCGUUAGAGGGCUUCCCACCUAACCGGAAACUAUCCGACCUGGGGAUGACUCUGAAUGGGGAACAGUUAAUUGUCACGAGCAAAGAAGGCAGCCUCCCCUCUGACAUGAGCCGCGAUCAACACGAGACUACUACUGAUCGGCAACAACCGUUGAACGGGCUGCUCGCUGACAAGACUUCGAAUGAGGGCUCCGAUGACCCGCCGGAGAUUCCAUCACCGGAACAUCAUGGUACCUUCGUCCUCCGGAUCAUGCCUGACGAUAACUCGUGCCUAUUCCGCGCCAUCAGUAGCGCGACCAUGGCUGGGGUGGAUGUGAUGACUGAGUUACGAUCUGUUGUUGCGCAGACUAUACAGGCAAACCCGGACCUAUAUACCGAGGCGGUGCUGGAAAAAAAGCCGGACGACUACUGUCAAUGGAUCCAGAAUGAGGACUCUUGGGGCGGGGGCAUCGAGCUCAGCAUAUUGAGUAAACAUUUUGAUAUUGAGAUUUGCUCGAUUGAUGUGCAAACCCUGCGGGUCGAUUCGUUUAACGAGGGCCCCUCAAUGCGGUGCAUCGUGGUCUAUUCGGGCAUCCACUACGAUACUAUUGCCCUGUCGCCUUCAAGUCCGCCGUAUACCCAUGCAGAUGUCCCCGCCGAUUUCGAUACCAAAGUUUUUGACGCCAACGACCCUUUGGUCCUGAAAAAGUCCCUGGCCUUGUGCAAGGUUCUGCAAGAGCGGCAUUAUUACACGGAUACUGCAGGGUUUCGUCUGCGCUGCAAUACGUGCGGUAGAACUUUUGUGGGCGAAAGAGGCGCUACACAGCAUGCAGAACAGACUGGGCAUGUCGAUUUCGGAGAAGCUGACUGAAAGCGACGAGAAUCCUCGCCGAGUAUCGACUUGCGUAUGCUUCGCUGAAACCUAGAUUCAAAGUUUAUGGGAAAUCUGAGUGGCCCGGU